AUGCCGGCCAAGCGCAAAUCUGGAGGUGGUGGUGACGCCAAAGCCAAGGCGGCACGGGCCACUGCUUCGGAGCCCAUUGCUGACAGCGCUUCUCACGCCGCCCUUUUCAAGACCUGGCUGUCGACCCGAUUGGAGAAGUGUCAGACUAUUGACCAAGUCUUCCAAAAGGCGUUCGAGAAAGAGGAACUGGAGGAUCUGGUCAAGUACCUCAAAUGGGUUGAGCACCAAUUUCCAGCUGAGCAUGGAGUGUGCAUCACAGAUGCCAAUGUGGGCGGCGCCGAAAAGCUGUGUGUGAGCUCAAUGCCAGAGGAUCUUGGAAUCCGACCACCCUUCGCCAUCAAGGUAGAUGAGCUGUCACCAGAGUCGACCGGGUUGGCUGAGAAGCUUGCGCUCGCGACAGUCCAGCACACAGAAAACCGCGUGCGUUCAGACUUGAAGGCUGUCAAGGCCUACGUGGACGAUCUGAAUCAUUGGGCCAACCGCCAGGGAGCCUUGGAUGUGAAGUUCCUCCAAGGCCGAUUUGAACGUGGAAAGGCUUGGUGUCACAAGUACAUGCUCACGAUCAUGGUGAUGGACUUGUCCUUGUGGCCCAGUAGCCUACUGUGCGUGUCCAACAUCCACAAGGAGUUUGCUUUCAGCCGCUCCAAGGCGGCGAUGUGUGGUGUCUUGGGGCCUGUGCAACGCGCGCGGGUCGUUGAGCUCGUAUCAGAAGAUGCCGACAAACCCCCUUCCCCGCCGGCGCGAGCACUUUGA